CUCCUGCUGCUGCUGCUGUAGAAGCGAGGGGGCGAUUAGCUCUCUCUCUCUCUCUCUCUCUCUCUCCCCGUCCUCCCAACUUUCCUCCCGCCUCUCGGGCCAAGAACGCGGCGAGAGCCCGCGGCUCCGCGUCCCAGCUCCACUCCGUCGCUCGCCUCCGGUCGACGCGCGGUCCUCCAUAGGUGAUGGCAAGGCCAAGCCACAGUGAGCAUGUUUUGCAGCAGCUUAACAACCAACGGGAGUGGGGUUUCCUGUGUGACUGCUGCAUCACCAUUGGUGACAUUUAUUUCCGAGCCCACAAGGCUGUGCUGGCGGCCUGCAGCUCCUACUUCAGGAUGAUGUUCAUCCGAGACCAGCAGGGGACAGCGCGCCUGGAUCUCAGCAACAUGCAGAUCAGCGCAGAGUGCUUUGACCUCAUCUUGCAGCUCAUGUACCUCGGCCGUAUCAUGGUUGGCCAAUUUGAGUUUGAGGAACUGAAGUCCUCCAUGGCUUAUCUGCAGAUGUACUACAUCCCUGAUUCUCUGGAGGAUCUGCGAGACAUCCGAACGCCCAACCUUACUCCUUCCUCUUCUGCCUCCUCAUCAUCAUCCAGCUCCUCGUCCUCCUCCAGUGCAGCGGGAGGCAAGAUGAUGUUCGGCGUACGCAUGUUUGAGCAGCGGAGGUCGAGCCCCGCAGAGAGCGAGCGUGUGCCCAAGGUCGCAAGCACACCCACUCGUCCGAACAUUAACAUCUCAACUGUGAGGCCUGUUGAAGAUGUGGUCCUCACGCUUGCUCCAACACACUCUGAUAAUCUCGUGGAGCAGCCUUGUGAUUUGAGAAAGAGGACCUCAGGCCGCAGCUCCACCUUGAAAGAACGGCCCCGGUUCGGUCGUACUUACACAUGUGACGACUGUGGCUUUGUCUUCAGUUGUGAGAAGCUGCUCAUCGAGCACAUUCUCACAUGCACCAACCGCAAGGCUGUCCAGGCACCCGCAGCCGGCAAGGCAGCUGACAACCACUCCGGCAAGGCCGAGAGUUCAGCCUCUGAGGGAUUGGAGGAACAUAGAGCAGAUUACAAGGGUGAAGAGGACUGGUCUGACCACAAAUCAGAUCCAGAAACUGUGAUCAGGUCCGUUGCCACAGGAAUGGACAACGAUCCAGCCUUGUCCAGGAAUAUAACCAUUAAAGUAGAGCAGGAAGAAGACUCUGACACAGAGAUGGAAAACAUCAGUGUAGUUCAGAUGGCUAACCAUAGUGUAGGGAGCUGUAAGGUCCGCCACCAGAACUUCAGAGCCGAUGCUGCAGACCACAUGAGAUUUGACAGUGAAGAAGAGGCGGGAGGGUCUGCCAUUGAUGAUGGAGCUUGUGUGCUGGAGGGCCACAGUCAGGAAUCUGGUUCUGAAGCAAAGAUGAGCAAGAUCAAAGAGGAAAAGCAGGAUGGGGACUGCGCUCCAUGUGAGCUGUGUGGAGCCAUGCUUACCGAGGAGGACCAGUCUGCUCAUUACAUUUCAAGCCACAUGGGACAUAUAUGUGCCUGCGGUAGAUGUGGCCAGGUGCUCAUCAAGGGGAGGCAGCUUCAGGAGCAUGCUGAGCGCUGUGGGGAGUCCCAGUGUGCAGAAACUGAUUCCCCAGGUGAGGAUUCCCCUCUGCUUGAAGAUGCGCAGUCCAUGGAGGAAGGCUUGCUAGAAGGGGCUGAUUUAGGUUACCGGUGUCCCCUCUGUGGAAUGAUUUUUGAAAGUGAAAGUCUGGCUGUGGAGCACACGCUGUCUUGUCCUGAACAGGAGCCGUUCCGGCCGGCUGCGAUGGAGGACGGCAGCGAACCAGAUCACCGACGCAAACACUUCUGUGCCAUCUGCGGUAAGGGCUUCUACCAGCGGUGCCACUUGCGUGAGCACUACACCGUGCACACCAAGGAGAAACAAUUCACCUGCCAGACCUGCGGCAAGCAGUUCCUGCGCGAGCGCCAGCUUCGGCUGCACACUGACAUGCACAAAGGCAUGGCUCGCUACGUGUGCCCUGUCUGCGACCAGGGUACCUUCCUCAAGCACGAUCACGUGCGCCACAUGAUCUCCCACCUCUCGGCAGGAGAGACCAUCUGCCAGGUGUGCUUCCAGAUCUUUCCUAACGGGGAACACCUGGAGAAACACAUGGAUGUUCACCUGUAUAUUUGUGGUGUGUGUGGGGAGAAAUUCCGCCUCCGUAAAGACAUGCGGAGCCACUACAACCUGAAGCACACCAAGAGACAGUAAAAAAACUGUGCGUGAAAAGAGGAUACCGUUAAAAAUUAUAAGCCAUUCUAGAUAAAUGUGAGAAAAUCUAUGCACUUAGACACCAAAUAAUAACCUAUGAAACUGCACUUUUAAUAACAUAUGCAUAAUCCAGGUGUUUUGGUCUGCUUUUGUUGUGGGAUUUAGUGCCUCAAGCUUCAGGCAUAUUGCCGUUUGUUGAAUCUCAGUCGGUCUCACUCUACAUGUAAUCGAUGACUUAUGUCGUUGCUUUUUACCUGUCAAUCUAAGAUCAAAAAUUUCAUAUGUUUUAGAGGUAAUUGGUCCAUCCUCAGUUAAUAUGCCAAGCUCUGUGUACCAUCUUAUUUUUAUCUUAUUUUAAUGUUAUAAAAGUGUUAACAGAGCUGUUUCUGUUCUGCCAAUAAGGACCUUUUUUUGGUGCUCUACAUUUUCUGUGACAAAAUAAUAUUACUUUUAUCUUUAUUUUAGAUUUAAAGUAGCCCUGGAAGAGUUCCUUUCAGGUAGAUUUUCAUGAAUCAUACAUCUUUGGGGUUGAGAGGAAAAAGAAAAAAGAGCAUUACAGGGUAUUUUCUAUGCCCUUUUACAUCAGAACACUACAAUACUGAAUUUAACACAAAUGAGUCUUGAAACACUCUCCAGCUGACCCAUCCAGCCUACUCAGUUGGGUUUGUCAUCAGCCUUGUUUCCCUUGAACUUAAUUUGGAAUUUAGUGUAUGAACUAUGCAAGUAGAGCUGGUUAUUGUCUUGAUUAUUAAUAUUAUUAUAAAUUAAUUUGAUCAGUUAGACUUCAGUGAGUGCUUAUCAGUUCUGUCAUUAGACAUUAUCUACUGUUUUUUGUAUUAUUAUUUAAAGAAUAUCUGUUUGGAAUGUUUUUAAAAAGUCAUAUGCCACACAAACUCAUGGUAUACUAUGUAUUGUUUCAAGCAUUUAAAAUGAUAUACUGCUGUGAUAAACUAAGAAUGAAUCUAUGUGGAAAGUGCAUUUCUUUAGUUUGCUCACCCUUCAUAAUUUUUUUCCCUUUUUUUCUUCAGUUUUAAAACCGAUUGUAUGGAACAAGUGUGCAGAAAACACAUUUUCAUUGAGAAAUCAGACACGGUUUGCACCUCGUCAAUUCAGAAAUGUUUAGUAUCAGGAUUAUGUCUGGAUGAGGCCAAGCCACAUAAAAUGCAGUUGUAAAAACUCGAUUAAAUAAGAUACAAACCACCAGUAGGUGGUGGGAGAUGCAUUUGAGCAAUAUGUUAUAGCAGUGUAAACACAUCCAUCUAUCCAUGCCACAUUCAACAAGCAAAAGUCAAAUAGUAAUUCCUAUUUUUAUAUUCCGUCCCACACAGCCAAUCAAAUUUCAAUCUGAUUAAUUGAAGACACAUUUGACUACCAAGUGUAAAUGCAUGUGUUUAAAAUCUUAUCAGAAAAAAGUCUAGUCAAAUGAAGUGAUCAAGUAUAAACAAGGCUUGAGAUAGUUGGCCGUUAGCAGUGUAAACUUUUCAAAAUGCUUGAAAGAUUUGAACUAAUCGUACAUGUUACAAGUUAGUGUAGGUUUGGUCCUUGUGGAAAAGGACAGUUCACAGUGUGGGCACGGACAGUUUCAUGAACACCUCUUGCAUGGUACACAAUGCCACACUUAUCCUAUUUUUUUCUUUACUUUUUAGUGAACUUGUUUUGAGGUAACUUCAAGGUUUUGGUGUGAUAUAAGCUGUGCUUAGCAUCUCAUCUUUUGUCAGAGAGAAGUUCCGUAACAAAAUUUGACAGUUUAAGGUGUUGUACUGUUGUUAUAUUAUGGGAUUACAACAUUAAAGACUAUCAGUUGAGAA